AUGUCGAUAAGAAACAAAAAAUGUGUACAACAAUCCAAGAAAGACGAAGAAUCUCCUCAACACACAGUUCUACUUGAUAUAUCACCUCGAUUCCAAUGGGAUCAUGGAAAUGGUUACUGUGGUGAAGUAUCUCUUCAAUGUAUUGGACUUUACUAUGGUGCUUGGAUUUCUCAAGGGACUCAAGGAGCUGCACAUGCACAUUUCUAA